UAGCUAAAUAAAUUGGUAACUCACAAUGUCUAUGCUCGUUGUUUACGUCAGUGCGAAGAAGCAUCAAUAAUCGUGAAUUUUUGUAUUAUUUUACAUAAAAAUGUAAUAUUACAUUUGAUUAGUGCAUAGCAAACAAAAAUAUAUGAAUUUAAUGUCAAACAAAUUUUGAGAAACUCAUAAAACAUAGGUUUUAAAGUAUUAUAACCUCAACAUCAUCUAGUCUUGUGAAGUGUUGUGUAGUUAUCAUUGUUAGUUGUAAUUAUGUCGCUCCAACUGUCCCGGCGGGAGGUGGAGGAACUGCGUACAUUGCUGGACCGCGCUAUAUACAGGACCAUCGGGAAAUCGGACAGCUCCCUGCUCGCUGUCGUUUCCACUUGUCUCACCAAUGGAUAUGAACGCAGAAAGAUCAUAGACAGGAUAUCAUCUCACAUAGAUCCAAAAAAGGCGAAUAAGUUAGCCGACAAAGUCAUAGCAUUAGGACUGGAGUUGGCCUCAUCUUCAAAAUCACAGAAACGAAAGCAUGACUCAUCAGAUAGAGAUAGGGACUUCAAGAGGUCGAGACAUGACGAUGAUCGAGAUAGAGGAGAGGAGAGGAGGAAGGAGGCUGAAGACAAGUUGGGUAAUGGGAUGGAGCUGCCGUCCCUGUUGCCAGAAGGGGAGACUGUGGGUUCAAAGAUAGCUGUGCUCAGUGCGGAUAGGAUUAAGCUAAUGAUGGCGAACGCUCAGAAGGAGAUAGAGGAGCGCAAGCGCGCGCUGGUCGCGAUGAAGGGCGGCUCUCAAGAGCAGAAGCCGAGCGUGAACGCGGCCGUGGCAGCCGCGCAGCAUCUCAAGGUGCAGAUGCAGCAAAACAACGCGAUCCCACCACCAAGCGUUAUCAAACCGGUGCUGUACUCCAAACCAGCUGCAAUCAGUCACGAAGAGUUGGAGAAGCAGAGGAAGAUAGCGGAGUUGCAGGCCAGGAUACAAAGGAAGCUGGCGGGUGGCGCGCUGGUGCCGGCGGGUCCGACGGGCCCCGCGCCGCUCAUCCUGGACCGCGAGGGGCGCACCAUCGACACCUCCGGCAAGCGAGUCCAGCUCACGCACGUCGCGCCCACCUUGAAGGCGAACAUCCGCGCGAAGCGUCGCGAGGAGUUCCGCGCGCAGCUGUCGCUGAGCGCGGGCGAGCCGCUGGAGGCGGCGUGGAACGACCCGCGCGUGCCCGCCAAGCCGCCCGUGCGCACGCGCCGCCAGCUGCGCUUCCACGAGCCCGGCAAGUUCACCGUCAUGGCAGAGCGGCUCAGGAUGAAGGCCCAGCUGGAGAAGCUGCAGAACGAGAUCUCGCAGAUAGCUCGCAAGACGGGCAUCUCGUCCGCCACCAAGCUGGCGCUGCUUGCUGCCGACACGCCAGACUCCGACAGGGUGCCGGAUAUCGAGUGGUGGGACAGCGUGAUCCUGAUGACCCCUGAGGAGCGCGAGGUGAAGCGCCAGCGCAGCGUGCCCCGCGCCGCCGACACACACGCCGACACGCACGCGAACACACACGCCGACGCGUGCGCCGACACGCACGCCGACACACUCGCCGACACCCGCACCGACACGCAGCGUGUCGACGCGUGCAACGUCGGCGCCGACGACAUCAUCGACAACCUCAACGAGGACGCCAUCACCAACCUCGUCGAGCACCCGCAGCAGCUGCGCCCGCCCACGGAGCCACUGAAGCCGACAUACAUGCCGGUGUUCCUGACGAAGAAGGAGCGCAAGAAGCUGCGGCGGCAGAGUCGGCGCGAGGCGUGGAAGGAGGAGCAGGAGAAGGUGCGGCUCGGACUCGAGGCGCCGCCAGAACCCAAGCUCAGAAUAUCGAACCUGAUGCGCGCGCUGGGUACGGAGGCGGUGCAGGACCCCACCGCCAUCGAAGCCAAGGUCCGGGAGCAGAUCGCCAAGCGACAGAAGACGCAUCUGGAGGCCAACAAGGCGAGGGCGCUCACCAAGGAACAGAAAAGGGAGAAGGUGGACAGAAAGAUAAGAGAAGAUACUUCAAUGGGCGUCCAUGUGGCUGUAUAUAGAGUGAAGGACCUGUUCGAGUGUGCGGCCGCCAAGUUCAAGGUGGAGGUGAACGCGCAGCAGCUGCACAUGACGGGCUGCGUGGUGCUGCACCGCGGCUGCUGCGUCGUCGUCGUGGAGGGCGGGCCCAAGCAACACGCCAAGUACAAGAGACUGAUGCUGCACAGGAUCAAGUGGGAGGAGGACAUGGUGAAGAACACGGACGUGACGGAGAUGCCGAACAGCUGUCACCUCGUGUGGGAGGGCAUCACCACUCAGCGAGCAUUCGGAGACAUCAAGUUCAAGGUGAUACCGACGGAGAAGCAAGCGCGGGAACAUUUCCAGAAGCACGGAGUGGAGCACUACUGGGACCUGGCCUACAGCAGUGCAGUUCUAGGCUCCGGGGUCGACGAACCCUAGGGGAGACCGGGGAUACGUCACCAACACUCACCCCACACGAGUGUUACGUGCUGCGAAUGUAAAGAAAUUAAAAAACAUUUUUAGUGUUGAAGGAUUUUGACCUUUAGACAAUAUGUAAGGGACGCGGUUAUAAACUUUCCUUUCUGCCAACGUAUCCUGUGUGAAAUGAUCAUGCACACGUUUAUAAAUGUAUUUUGUUAAUAAGUGUGCGUGAAACAGAUAAAUAUUUAAGGUGUAUGUAGUAGUUGCAUUCAAAUAAACGGUUCUUUUUUGUUCGCGGCUAUAAGCACGUGGCGCGUCCUGUCUUGAUGGUCUAAGUACUCUCUAACGGAUAAUUUCUAUUGAAUGUGUUUACUUUCGCCUAAAAAGACGUUUGUUUUAUGGCAAACAGUGUUGCCAACUUAGUGAAUUUCCCCCUAAAACUGGUGGAUUAUAUCCCACAUUUUAGUGGAGAAAUAUUGGUUUUAGUUGCCGAAUGUUUUUGUUUGUAGUUUAUAACAGUUAGUGGGACGAGGUCCUUAAUCCAUAAAAAAUAUGCAUUUCGUUGCAUAAUAUAGCUUUUGCCGACCAACAUAGCAGAGAGAUGGCAUACAUGUAAUACUACUGAGAAAUGAAAAAGUUGCAUAAAAUGAGGCAAUAAUGUAUAUUUACGUGUGUAAUAUUUUAAUACUAAUUAUUAAAAUACGCAAGGAAAAGCCAUUUCAUUGAGAACACAAUUUAAUAACUUCUGACAAUCUAUUUCUUUUUAAUAAAGAACCAAAACACCAAAAAGGUUAUAACAUAAAAUUAUAUAACUUCUUAUUAUACCACAACGUGCCCAAAAAUGCUCGCUAGAUAAUCAGAUGUUUAAUGGUCAUUUAUAGCAGGUUAAAGUCAUUGAUAGCGAAUUUGGAUAGAGAUAACUUAUGGCGAAUCUUGUGGUUUUUAGUUCAACUGAUACUCGGAUGCUUAUUCUAGAAGAAACUCGCUCAAGUCAUGGUCACGAUAUUCACUGAACUAAUGUGAAAAAUUAAAUGUAUUUAUGAUCACCCCUCGGCAGUCGUAACAAUUAUACCGGCCUGUUGGAACCGGAUGUACACAGGCUGAUCCCGGAACGCAACACUUACAUGGGCCACUAUGGCAGGUGUUAACAUCUUGUGUACGGUUUUCGCAAUCGGAGCGGAUAUAAAAUAUAUCCUACCAUGCCAGCGAAGCCGUGGGCAAAGGAGUAUUGAUAAAUAAGUAAGAUCAGGGUUAAUGUUUUUGUAACCCGCGUGUUUUGGGGGUAUUAUUUUCGCCUCUGCCUACCGAUUCAGGGCGAAAGGCGAGAGCUUAUAUAAUAUGUAAAUAUACAGUAAAUUCGACAUGGCGUUACUAAAUGAAACCACAUACUUAUCUUGUUGGAAAUUACUUACUCAAGCCAUAGAUGUAAAAUAAAAAUGUAAGUUUCUAACAAAAUGAACAUCAAUAAAAAGUAAUUUAAAUUUUACACGUCCUAAUGCCACUACUACUACUCUUAGAGAAUUCGUCGCAGCGGCAACAUCACUCUCAGUCAGAAAUACACACGCGCCUUAUUCGUUCUAAACUACAAAAUGAUCAAAAAAUCAGAUAGGUAAAAUUGUUUUUUUGGAGGAAAUAUUCAUAAUUAUAGAUUAUUCUUGGCACAAUGUUAGCAGAGGUAUGUGGUUCCAUUUAUCAACGCAAUGUCAAAAUGACACUGUAUAUAAGAAAUGCAUUGAAAAAUUGCAUUUCUCUUGAGAUACUAAUGCAAUGAUUCUAGAGUUAGGGUAGUUAUGAUGUCAUAGGAUGUGAGAGAUAUAACUUCUCUAUAUUUUGACGCGAAAUACGGUGCAAAGGCGAUUUAUUGUAAAUAAUUACGCGAUGAAUCUUUGGUCAAAUAUGUAUGAAACUGUCUAGCAUUUUGACGGAAAAAUGAAGUAACUUCAAGAGAUGAUUACGUCUCAUAAAAUCACUUAGGGUCGUGUUAAUAGAUGCAACUCAGUUUCGCUCUCCAGUGCGAUACCAGCUUGAGAGCCUGUCAUGCAGCAUCUUGAGUAUCAGCUGAGAGCCUGUCAAAUUAAAUCAGCUUCUUAAGAUCGUUAUUUAAUCAACGGAUAUCAACAACAUCUCCAAUCAUAUCUUAAGUGGUAUUAUCGAUGUUGACAGCUAAGUUUUGAUUGUAAAACAAUGCCGACUCAGCUGAGAACAAGCUCUUAAAUAACAACUUAAGCUUUGUUUAUUAAAUAGUUUACCUACUCAAAGUUGAUUGAUUUAUUAAUACGGCCCUUAAUCUCAACUUAAGGGGAUAUAGGCCGCGGCGAAGUCAACGUCAUUAGGGGCCCCUUAAAUUGUGGGAUGAGUGGUACAAGUUAGAUUCAAGUAGUUUCUCCCUAUGUAUAAUCUUUGAAUUUAGAAAUAUUCGAUAACUGUAUGUAUAAUAAAUGAUUUUUGCAUUA